ACCGAACGAAUACAGUCCUAUCGUAUCUGGCGACCUACUACCUACGCACGCACCUAGUGCGUACUCGCCUAUGGGGCGAUGUGCUCAUACCCCGUGACCCAGCUGCCACAUCCGCCCGAACGAGACACAAUUCAAAAUGUGAAUCCCCUCCUGCAGACGCAGCCUCGUCGCCGGGAAUCAGAUCGACCCCCCAUCCACAUAGCACCCGGAUCUACAGAUUUCUUCUUGAUUUGACCAAUGGAUCUCGGUGCAGAGUUAUUCACAUGGAUCUCCGGUUCAGGUUUCUCCUCUCAUAAGCUUCUCCGUCAAAUCCUUCAAUCUCCAUCUUGUCGUGUCCAUGUGCAGCUUCUAUUCCCAGCCGUUCACUCCCGAGGGCUUCCCAGAUGUGGGAUUGCUAGAGAAGGAAGAGGAUGAUAUGCUAGAGGAGGAGGAGGACGACGAGUGCAUUCCUCCGAAUCUCCAGAGGUAUUCACCUUCCUCAAGCCAAGAUGUUGAGAAACAUGGUGUUACCGAUUCUGGAGAAACAUGGUGUUACCGAUUCUGGAUCUCAAGUUCCUGAGGCCAUGCAAGAUUUUUCCUACGUCCCAGAUAUUGACAACAUCGACAGCCACAGAGAGCCCUCAUCUAAUCACAACGCACUCCAGAUCCAUGGCCUAAAAGUUAACAUCUCCAAUAUACGUAGGGUCCGACCCCGACUAGUAUCGUGGCAUUGCUAGAGGAAGGGGAGGAGGACGAUGAGUGUGGGGAUGGAGGGAAAUAUGGUGUUACCGAUUCUCCUUCCUCAAGUUUUGCAUCUCAAGUUCAUGAGGCCAUGGAAGAUUUUUUUCAAUGUCCCAGAUAUUGAUAACACCGACAGUCACAGAGAGGCCCCGUCUAAAUCGCAGCGCACUCCAACUCCGUGGCCUCAAAGGGUCCGACUUGGCAAGAUACCCGACCGCCGCGCCUCAUUAUCAGGAAGGAAAAGUGUUUUGGAGAUGGCCAUGAGAAAUUAUGCAGAUCGGGCGAAGCCUUCAAUCUCUCGUGCGGUGUCCGUGGACAGCUUAUGUUCAUUACCCUCGGAGUGCGCCCCAGAUCGGAGAUCGCCAGAGGAGGAAGACAGUGGCGAGUGUUCCUCCAUGUCGCUUCUCCUUCCUCAAGCCAAGAUGGAGAGAAAUCUGCUGCUAGCGACGCAGAAUCUGAAGUUCCGAAGGCCAUGCCAGACUUCUGUCCUUCCAACUCCGUGGCUGGGAAGGGGUGGCUUGGGUUACAAGAUCAUGCCGCAACUGAACUGCAUGACCAAGAUAUGCCUGUCAUAACAGGAGCAACUAUUCUAUCAAGCUCAAUGAAUGUAGUACCAUGCAAAAGUGAUCGAAGCAGGCCAAUGAACGCAAGAGCAAAGCUAGGUUAUGAGAAUGUCAGCAAGCCAAGAUCAAAGUUUUGUUCUUUUUGCAGAGGUAAGGGCCACACAGCAUCCUGAUACCCCUCAAAGCGAGGUGUACCAAAGACACAAAGGAAAGUCCCAAAGUGUACUAAGUGCGGCCUUGCAGGCCAUGAGAGAAUUUCGUACUUGAUAAGAAUGUUCAUUUUGCUCUCGAAAGAUGAAAUUGGUGUUAGGAAAGAUGGUGUAGGCUUUCUUUUGUUGUGUUGUUUCGCCAGAUCAAAUUGGUGUUGUAGGCUUUCUUUUGUUGUCGGAAAUUAGGUUCAUUUUGUGACCAAGUAGUGAAUAUGUAAACUCGGAAAUGCUAUGAGGAUGGUUAAAGUUAGCCGUGGUACUUAUUUCA